GCAGGCGGCAGGGGGUCUUCCUCCUGUUCCAGAUCUCUCCCUCACUCCUCGUGCCGUCGUCUACCUCCUCCUCCAUCCCCUCCAUCGGAGUUCGAUCCGAUCUCCGCUCUCCAUAUCGGAUCGGAUCCGCAGCAGCAUCCGCGAUCGCGAGCCAUGGCGGGGAGGGCCAACAUCCCCACGAACAACUCCGCCCUCAUCGCUAUCAUCGCCGACGAGGACACCGUCACUGGCUUCUUGAUGGCCGGAGUUGGCAAUGUUGAUCUGCGCAAGAAAACCAACUACCUCCUCGUCGAUAACAAGACGACAGUCAAACAAAUUGAAGACGCAUUCAAAGAAUUCACUGCAAGGGAGGAUAUUGCUAUUGUGCUCAUCAGCCAAUAUAUUGCCAACAUGAUACGAUUUCUGGUGGAUAGCUACAACAAGCCAGUCCCUGCUAUUCUGGAGAUCCCAUCCAAGGACCAUCCGUAUGAUCCAGCGCACGACUCAGUGCUCUCUCGCGUGAAGUAUCUGUUCUCCACAGAAUCAGUGGCGUCUGAGAGGCGAUGAAGGUGCCCUUGUGUAGCAAGGAAGCACCCUUUGUUGUAUCUAUUUUGUUUUGUGUUGAAGAGAAGGUUGCCUGCACCAUUUCGGUUCGGGAUAGCAAGAAGCAUGAAUAACGAAUGAGCUUGCAAACAAUAAUAAUUGGGUUGAACCAAACCAGCUUGUAUUUUAUAAGGUUGGGAUGCUAUUUGGUGCUUGUAUUAAUUUGGUUCUUUUUAUGGAGAGUAAUAUAAGGUGUUAUUGUCGUGA